AUGGCUGUGGAGCAGUUUGCCGCCGCACUAGAAGCUCUCCUCCAAGCGAUGGGGUUCUCCGGCCGCCGCCAACGUCAGCUACAGCGCCGGCGACCGCAGCGGACCAGGAAGGGCCUCCAGUGCUACAAUUGCCAGCAACUGGGGCAUACCGCGCGGGAGUGCACGAAUGCCGUCGCGUGCUUGAAGUGCGGGGCGGCUCACGACACCCGCUGUUGUACGAAGCCUCGUGGAGUGGCCGGCAGAUGCGCGAACUGCGGCGGGUCCCACGCCGCCAAUUCGCGUAGCUGCGGCUACCUUCGAGCGUCACGCCGUCUGUCCGCCGCACCACGUCCUGCGGCGGCGUCCAGCGCCACGCCGGCCGACCCGCCCUCCCGCUCUGGCGAGGGGUGCGAGCCGCGCCGUCUUGAAGCCGCCACCGACCACGCUAUGGCCGGCUUCCAAGCCGCCUUUGCGGCCGAACGGGCCGCGCUGAAGGCGGAGCUCGCGGCCGUGCAUCGCCAGCUCCAGCGGCUGCGCGAUGAGCUGCGCGCCAUCAAGAAGACGUCGGCGGUUCCCGCCGCCGCCCCCUCCGUGCCACGGCCGGUUGGGGUCGAUGCGGCCACGCAGACACCCAUCGACUCGUCCCCUGUCGCGACGCAAGUGGUUGCGCCCAUGGACACCGACGAUGUGCCGCCACGGACGUCCCAGUCAAUUACGCCGUCUGCGAGCCACCGUGCUGUGGCAACGACCGACUCCUCCCCUGUGGAGCAGUCGCUCGUCACGAGGUUGCAGCACCCCACGCAGACGUCGGCGGUUCCCGCCGCCGCCCCCCCGUGCGUCGUCCGGAGGGGGUCGCCGCGACCCCGCCGCCAUCCACCGCUCCCCCUCCCGCAGCAAUGCAGGAGGUGGCGCCCAUGGACACGGAGGAUGUACCGUCUCGGCUGCCCUCCUCUCAGGUGGCAGCCGCAAGCCAGGGCACUCAGGCGCCUCCUGUCUCCUCGCACGCCGAGAAGCCGAUGA